AUGAGUUCUCCCAACGAUGACAUGGAAAUGGAAAAAAUUGCUGAGGAUGAACUGUCUAAAUUACAAAGACAGUUUCGUGUCAUGGAAAUAGACCGUUCGAACGUUACAAGCAGCGUACAACCGACCCUCAGAGUUCAGGCCAACAUCAUCCACUCCCUAUCCACUGAGUUGGACAACAUCAUGACUGAAUUGAGAUUGACAAAGAGCACUUCCAAUCUCCUUGAUAAUGCAAAAACGCGACAACAACUGAUAACAUUACUAAAAGAGCAUGAGAAUUGCUCCAGUGACGUAAAAGAGCAUCGCGCCACUAUCAAGGAGUUAAACUUCCUCUUGAAACAAGUCCAGAAAGAGAUCAAGGGUCUAAGAGCGAAAGGAGUUGGUUUUGAAAAGGACUAUGCUGGCACUUUGUCUAACCAAACGAUCAUCAGCCAGUUGGAAAAUCGCCUUAAUACCGCAAUGAAAAAGUUCAACACGGUGAACAGUGACAACUACGCUAUGAGACUCGAAAUCGACCGUCUCUUGCGCGAUCGUCAAUACUUCAACACGAUGUGGAAAGGUCAGAUCAAGCGGCUGAUGGAAGGUAAAGGUCAGAUCCUUGAGCUGGUGGAACAAGCGAUCACUACGUACGAUCAGCGCGAAGAGUGGUGCUCUAAGCUCGACGCGUUGAAAGAGAAAGCUGCAUUGGAUUAUAGAAAGCAUUGUUUGGAAGUACGCGAACUCCAACGUCAGCUCGACCAUAGCAUGAAGUUGGAGGAGUUCCUGCGCACAAAGGGCACGGUGCGUCUUACUGCUGCCGAUGCCAAGGCUGAGGCGAAGAAACAAGAGCAGCAGGAGCAAGAGAUACGGGCUUACAACAACUACAUCAAUAUACUGGAUGCCAUUAGGGAGUACACGGGAGAUGACGAUGUGGACAAGUUAAUUCAAGAGUUCACACGGCGCGAAGAGGAGAAUUAUGCGCUCUUCAACUAUAUCAACGAGGUCAACACUGAACUCAAAAAUUUGAGCGACAACGUAAAGAUGCUGCAAAUUAGUAUCCAGGAUGAACACGCGAAACAUCAAGCGAAGUUAUUUAAACAACAAGACAGCAUAGAAACACUCAAAGGGACGUUGGAAGACCGUCGUAUAGCCAACGUGGACCUUCGGGAAGCGUAUGACAAGACCAGCCAAGUGCUGCAUACUCUUUUGCAAGAAGUGCAGACUUUGGCGCUGUCAUCAGAGUGCGAAUCUUUGCCAUUACUGAAAUUGUUGGGCAAAACAUUGGACAUUAACACGACCAACGCACGCCUCUACAUUAAGGGCUUGGAAAAGAAGAUAACAGAGAUGGUUGACCUCAUUAAAUUCGAUGAGAUCGUCCAACGUCGGGCGGAAAGCAAGGAACGAACUCCGCCCGCCACACGUCGGCGACGCCGUGCCCCGGCAUCCCCGCGACCACCUUCACACCAACCCAUUCUAGCACGCUCUUAA